AUGAAGAAACUCCAAAGACUAUAUCUUGUUGGCAAUCAAUUGGUAGGGUCUAUCCCUAACGAACUUUGCCAAAUGAAUCAUUUGGGGGAGUUGGACCUAAGCAUGAACAUGCUUGUGGGUCCCAUACCUGAAUGCUUAGGUGAUGUUAAAUCCUUGAGAAUGAUCAACUUAGGCUCCAACCAAUUGAAUUCAACCAUCCCUCCUAACUUGUGGGUUCUCACUGACCUUCUAACUUUGAGCUUGUCCUCCAAUCAUUUGAGCGGUCAAUUGUCAUCUCAACUUGGCAAUUUCAAGUUGCUUAGCUCUUUGGACUUGUCUUCUAAUCAAUUUUCAGGUGAUAUUCCCACCUCAAUUGAUGGUUGCCAAACACUAGACUUUCUUAACUUAUCAAAUAAUUUUCUCAGUGGAUCCAUUCCUCAAUCCUUGGUAAGGGUUAAGGGUUUGAAAACAUUGGAUUUAUCUUACAACAAUCUUUCUGGAUCAAUACCCAAGUCCUUAGAAGACCUAAGUUGUCUUGAAAAUUUUAAUGUUUCCAACAACAGACUGGAAGGGAGAAUUCCAGAUGGCGGUUGUUUUCGUAACUUCAGUGCACCGUCUUUUGCCAACAACUUAGCUUUGUGUGGUCAAAUAAUGUUUCAAGUUCUAGCCUGCACAGAAAGCCAUCAUAUAUCAUGGUUAAAGAAACUCAUGGUGUCAUUAGUGAUUUUAGUUGUCAUUGUGGCGAUUGCAUUGCUUGCUUUCAUAAGGAUGUGUAAACAGAAAAAAGUAGCCCUCUCGGUUCAUUUUUCAGCACAAAUUACUGAAUGCAUAGGAAUUCCUUACAAUGAACUUGAACGAGGAACGAGUUCAUUUAGUGAAACCAACCUACUUGGAAGAGGUAGCUUUGGUUCUGUAUUCGAAGCAACACUUUCGGAUGGGUUGAAAGUUGCAGUAAAAGUGUUCAACUUAGAACUACAAGGAGCAGCAAGGAGCUUCGGUGUUGAAAGUUCUAUAUUGAGUAGCAUUCGACACAGAAAUUUAGUUCGGGUUAUUGGAUAUUGUUGUAAUAUGAACUUUAAAGCAUUGAUUCUCACAUACAUGCCAAAUGGGAACUUGGAUCAAUGGUUGCAUUCCAAGAAUUAUAGGGUGGAUCUUAUACAGAGGUUGAAAAUAGCAAUAGACGUUGCGGCCGCCUUGGAAUAUCUUCAUCACGGUCAUACAUUCCCAAUUGUUUACUGCGAUAUAAAGCCAAGCAAUGUGUUGCUUGAUCAAGACAUGGUUGCCCAUCUUGCUGAUUUUGGCAUUUCCAAGCUUUUCGAUGAAGGGGAAACUAUCAUUCAAACACAAACACUGGCAACUAUCGGUUAUGCAGCACCAGAGUUUGGAAUGGAAGGGAAAGUAUCAUCAAUAAAUGGAGAUGUAUAUAGUUUUGGGAUACUUGUGCUGGAGAUGUUUACCGGAAAGAGGCCAACGGAUGAUAUGUUCGAUGAAGAAAGAAGCUUAAAACAGUGGGUAAGUGAAGCAUUAGAGGAAAAUACCGCAACUCAAGUGAUGGCGUCUGAUUUGUUGUCAAUGGAAGAUCAGCAUUACUCUGCCAAGGAGAAAUGCAUGUUAUCAACAUUUGAAUUGGCAAUGAAAUGUUUAGCUGUUUCAGCAGACGAAAGGAUCAAUAUGAUUGAAGCAGCGGCUGCUCUGCACAAGAUUUAUGCAACAUUUGUAGCAGGAACUCAAUGGCGCCGUCCAUGAGAUUUUCCCGCCAAAUCUCCACCACAUUCGGCGUCAUUUUGUAGCCGCCAUCAGC